UGAACAAGAUGUCGGAACUAACGGAGGAGCAGAUUGCCGAGUUCAAGGAUGCCUUUGUCCAGUUCGACAAGGAGGGAACCGGCAAGAUCGCCACCCGUGAGCUGGGCACCUUGAUGCGCACCCUGGGCCAGAAUCCCACGGAGGCCGAGUUGCAGGAUUUGAUAGCUGAGGCCGAGAGCAACAACAAUGGCCAACUGAACUUCACCGAGUUCUGCGGCAUAAUGGCCAAGCAAAUGCGCGAAACUGAUACUGAGGAGGAAAUGCGUGAGGCAUUCAAGAUUUUUGAUCGCGAUGGCGAUGGCUUUAUAUCACCAGCCGAGCUACGCUUUGUGAUGAUCAAUCUGGGCGAAAAGGUCACCGACGAGGAGAUCGAUGAGAUGAUCCGUGAGGCUGAUUUCGAUGGGGAUGGCAUGAUCAACUACGAGGAAUUCGUUUGGAUGAUUAGCCAGAAGUAGUUCAGCUACUUUAAAUGAAAUAAAAUAUUUUGGGGUCACUGCAUAAAAA